AUGGAUGAGGUAAGACCAAUAACAAGAAAAAGAGGUCAACGUGGUAUUGCUGCAUUCAAGAAAAAUUAUCGUCCUAAAGAGUAUAAUGUUAAAUUCAAUGAGAAUAAUAUCCCAAAUGGUGGCAUGUCAACCCAAUUAUUUAUGUCUUGGUUUGGCAUGAAUGUUCAACAUAGGUUUCCGAUAGAUGAAGAUCCGGGUAAAGUUAAAGAUAAAUAUUUUGAAGAUUUAUGGUUGGAAGCUAAGAAGCAAUGGAAUAUCGAGUCUGAUGACAUGAAAGAUUAUAUGAAGAGGAGAGCUGUGAAACUUGCAUUAAAUUUUAAAUCAAGGCUAGUUUCAAAAUUUGAACGAGAAGAGAAAAAUAUGAUAGCCGAUGGGAGUUAUUAUCAAAAUGAGGAAGACCCGUUAGUUAGGCUUUUGGGGCCCGAGCACGGGGGGCGAUCACGGACAGUAUCCAAUAUCAUUGGGCCUACCAAGGUUAUGACAGCAUGUGAUUUGUUAUUAAAAGUUGCUGAUACUCAGUUGAAAGUAGCUUCUGGUAUGGCAUGGCCAACCUCAGAAACGGUUAUACAUUCAAAACCAGUAAAUGAAGGUUGUGUUAAAGUUCAAGUUGAUGAGAUCGUAGAAAUAUAUGAGAACUUGCCUGUGCAUGCCCUUGCGAACAAAACACCGAGUAAGUCAAAUAGUGGCACAAGAAUAGGCUCGAAACACUCCUCUCCACAGAUACACGUUGAUGACACCACAACCUCAUUUUAUCGUCCACAGUUUGAGGAAAACCAAUUUCCUUAUCAUCAUCAAAUGGAUGCUAAUGAACCUUUUCAAGAUAUUAUCUAUGAAUCCACAACAAAUUGUUUAAAUGCACUCGGAUCCGGGCCCGGACCCAGGCUAGAAUGUGAACGCGAUCCCGAUCCUAAUCCUGAACUCGAACCCGAACCCGAAUCCGAACCCGAAAUCAAACCGUUUACAUGUGUAGAUGAUGCUCUUUAUAUAUCCUUGAGCAAAGUACAACAAAAAAGUCCUAAAAUUCAAGCUAUUGCUUUUCAAGUAGCAGACUUUUUUAAGAAUGCACAUGGCACUUAUAUUUUUUCAUCCAGAGGGAUGUAUCGCGACAAAGUUCGACUUCCCAUCCUAUAUAGCGAGGUGUUACAGUUAUUUUUAAGGGGUUGGCUUGAUUAUAGCAUUAUACAUUGGUUUGCGAUAAUUCUUCAGUUGCAAUCAUGCAAAGGGGCUCUGGUGCAAUCUUCCACCUUUCCUUGGGCAGUUUCCAAUAAAAGCAAGAUCCAUUCAAAGCAAUCUGGAAAUACAAAAAGACAAGUCAAGAUGAUGUGCACCUUACAAACUCCUCCAUUAACGAAAGCUACGACUUUCACUGGUUUAGACACCAUGGUCAACAGAAGCGAUGAUUUCCACACCUCAGUCUUAUUGGCGACUUCAACAAAGUGUCUGCUGAAGAAGACGUUGACAUAUCAGCAAAGGUCUAGAAAUCAAUGGGGAUUUUUUUUAAAAGAUGCACGUGCUGAGGUAGAAGAAAUAAUUGGAAGUGGUAGUGGAAAUGUAUCCGAUGUCUUUCCAUUUACACCACGUGCAAAACAUGUAUUCGAAUUUUCACUAGAGGAGGCCCAACAACUUGGUCGUAAUUAUAUUGGAUCCGAGCACUUGCUUCUUGGGUUGCUUCGUGUGGAUGGAGGUGUAAAACAUGUUCUUAGGAAGUUAGGUGUGAUGGAAAUGGUUGAGAGUUCAAAAGUUGUUAAUGAUUUGAUCUUUGACAACAAGAUGCCAAUUCAUGAGGAAUAUGGUAUUGACUUAACAAAGCUAGCAAAAGAGCUAAAGCUGGAUGUUGUUGGAAUGCAAUCAGAAAUAGAAAGAGUUACUCAAAUUUUGGGAAGGCUUACAAAAAACAACCCAUGCCUUGUUGGAGAACGUGGUGUUGGAAAGACAUCUGUUGUAGAAGGCCUCGUCGAAAGUAUUUCAUACUAUAAUAACGUUCCAGAUUGUCUCAAGGAUAAGAAGGUGUGUUCGAUUGGAGUAGAGGGGCCUAUUGGUGUUGCUAACAUCUUGAAGCAAGCUCUUGUUAGAGGUGAAUUACAGGUAAGUAAGACCUAG